UUUUCUCUCUCUGCUCUGCUAGACUCCAUACAUAGAACCACUUCCUUUUUCUCAUUAUCUUGAUUAAGCCAUGCUCUCCUCUCCUCUGCUAGACUCCUUCAUUAGAACAACAUCCAUUUGUCUGUAUCUUACUCCAGCCAAUCACUCUCACCCCUGAACUCCCUAUUUCUUGUCAGGCCUACCCACACUAUGACUUCUAGGUUAACUAUUUACAAGAUCUAAGAAUUGAUUAGCAACAAUCUCUGAAUUGUGGUUUAUUCAUGUCUUUUCCUCACCAAUCUCAGACGUCCUGUAAAGAUUAUGGAUGGUACCCUUACUCCUUUGAUUAAGCUCUGUUCUAUCAAGAGUGAGGUCCCUCAGGAAACAUCAUUUGUUAUCUGUUUUACUAUUAGUGUAGCCUGGAUAACAUUAUUUCUCAUUAGGGCACCAAGGUAAGAAGUCUAGUUAACAUAUCUUGUUUGUGACAUCAGUGUAGACCUUACAUUAUUCAUUAUAUGCAACUUUCUUCCAUCACUAUAAAAAGUUGAAAUAAUUUGUCUUUCUAGAAUAGAGAAACUGAGAGAUGACAUGAGAAAUGAAAUUGUUCAUAAAUUCAAAAAAAAUUUGAAAAUAGACGAGAUAAAUGAGCUGUUUAAUGAUGUGAUUAAAUCCCUGAAACAACUAAACUUGUUAACUGUCUACGAUAUACAGUCAACUGAACACUUUGAUGUGGCAAUCAAGAAGGCUGUGUUCAAAGCAAAGAAUAAAUCAAAAUAUUUGCAGCUUUUAUUGAAGUGGAGAAGAAUUUAUAGAGUACUGACUACCAUGCCUCCAGACGGGACUCACUGGCAAGAUUUCCAGAUGGAAGUCUAUUCUAAACACAGUGAAAAGACUGAAUCAUUAGACUUUAAUCCUAUUUACAGAGCUUUCAGUGAUGAUGAUGAUGCCGAUUUUUCCAUGUCAAGACCAAUGGAAGACGAAAUGGACAACUCGGAUGAAGAGAGUGAAUUUGAAUUCAAUGAAUUUUUUAAGCAACUAAGAAGAGAAGACAAAAUGGACAGCUCGGAAGAAAAGAGACCAGAUGACAAAUCGUGGCUAGAAACUAAACCUGAAAUAGACACGGCAUUUGCAAAAAUAUUUGCGGAUAUUAUUUCAUCUGGUCAUUCAGGAUACAAAUAUGGAUAUAAGAACUUUGUUAAAUACAGCAUAGAAGAAGAGAGCAACACGAAUAGUUUAAAGUUUCAAAGAACUAUCUCAUACUGUGUUCCAAGCUUUCCACUAAAAGCAUCUAUAUUGGAUGAUGUACAAGAAUGCAUACAGGAGGACCUAAAAUUGAGAAAUGCUAGAGGUGAGGAGCCAUCAAAACCAUCUGAUGCACUCGGUACUGUCAAGUUUGUAGGAUGUGAGAAAACUGCCAAGUUUGUCCGUGUGGAUCACAAGACCCCAAUGGGAAUGAUGAUGCAUUUGAUAGCACUUUUAUGGAAUUUGGCAUUGCCAGACUUACUCAUUUCGGUGACUGGAGAAAGAAAAGAUCUCCAGCUGACUCCAGGAAUUGAAAUUUUUUUGCAUCGUUUGGUCAAAGCUGCAGAAACUACAGGUGCCUGGAUCAUAAGUACAGGUUUACAUACUGGAGUUGAAAAACAUAUUGGGAAAACUAUACAUGAUGAUGUCAAGAAUAAAAUUGUAACAAUUGGAAUUGCACCAUGGAACUGUGUACAAAACAAGGAAUCCCUAGUGAAUAAGGGAUCAUGGCCUGCAAAGUAUAAGAUAAAACAUGACUCUGACUCAACAGCAUCUGCUUUGGAUCCUAAUCAUUCACAUUUUAUUCUUGUUGAUGAUGGUACCCAAGAAACUUCUGGAGUAGAAACGGAGUUCAGAAGAAUGUUUGAAAAUACUAUUACAGACCUAAAUAUCCCAAGGAAUGAAUACAAGGUUUCAGCUGUUGUAGUAAUGAUUGGAGGUGAACUUGAAACUCUGAAGUCAGUCUAUGAUUCUCUAUCAUGCAACAUCCCAGUUGUAAUAGUGAAGGGAACUGGUCAGGCAGCAGACAUUAUGGCAUAUGCUUAUGAAAGAGGAAUUGAAAACCUAAAUAAAAUAAAUAAAUUUACAGAUUUGAGAUCACUACAAAAGAAACUGAAUGAUGAUAUCAGAAAAAAAAUUACACAAGAAUUUGAGGGUUUGGAAAAAAAAGAGGAAGAUAACAUGGUUGACUGUGUGGUGAGUUCCCUGAGACGACCAAACUUGCUGACUGUUUUUGACAUAAAUUCCGCUGAAGACUUUGGUGUAGCAAUCUUCAAGGCUUUGUUCAAAACAAAGAACAAAUGUAGAAAUUUGAAGCUUACAUUGAAGUGGCAAAGAAUUGAUAAUGCACUGAAUAAAUUAUUUACAGAUUGGACUUCCUGGCAAAUUGGCAAGUUGGAUAAAUUUAUGAUAUCUGUACUAGAGGAAGAUAUGACUAAUAUUGUGAAACUUUUUCAGGAAUAUGAAAUUAACUUGAAAGAAUGGUUAACUGAACCACAUAUUAAAACUGUAUACCAGCUGAAAAAUACAAACCUCACAGUUGACUCUACUUGUGAAGAAUUUUUACAGAGUAAAUUCUUGAGUGAGAUCCAUCAAGAACAAGCUAAUCUUUCCUUUGCAACAAAAUUGUUCCUAUGGGCAUUAUUUUUUAACAGAAAAGAAAUGGCUUUUCUAUUUUGGAAAGAAGGCAUGGGUGCUUUACCAUCUGCUCUAAUUGCGAAUAAUUUGGUCAAAUCACUACAAGAAAAGUGUAAAGAUUAUGGUACAAGUAUGCAACUUCAAGAACAGGCUGAAUUUUAUGAAAACCAUGCCAUUGGAAUUUUGGAUGAAUGCUUGCAUGCAGAUGAAAAACAGACAUUAGAUUUACUGCUGCUACAGCAGAAAACAUGGGACAAUUCUUCAUAUAUGCAAAUAGCAUUUAAUGUUAACAAUGAAAAUUUUAUGGCUCAUGAUGCCUGUCAGUCUCUUUUGACCAAAAUUUGGAUGGGAAAAAUAAAUAAAACGAACAACAUUUGGAAGUUGUUGCUCUGUACAUUGUGUCCAUUGUUUCUAUUUCUGAUAAAGUUUGAUGACAAGAAACAGAACUUGGAUAAGGAACCAAAAAAAACAUGUUCCAAGCUAUGGCUAAUGUUCAGAAAAUGUAUGCUGUUCUAUAGUACUCCUGUCAUAAAGUUUUGGAUCAGUUUGAUAUUUCAUAUAAUUUUCCUUGGAAUCUAUAGCUAUGUGUUACUUGUUGAACUGAAACCUCAGAUUUUUUAUCUAGAAUGGCUUCUUAUUGUGUGGGUGAUUGGAAUACUUACAGAAGAAAUACACCAGAUUUUAGUUAAAGACUUGGUAAGUAUUAAUCCUUUUAAAAUCUGGUCCCAUCAUAAAUGGUCGUAAGUAUAUUUACAUAAUAUAUAAAGAGGUAUAAGGUAAACUUACAAGUAU